CGGUGAGUGAGCGUAACGUGAACUGACAGGCUGGGAAAUGAUUCAAGUACAAGCCAGAAAGAGCUGAAAAGAAAAAGAUCCACAAUGUUUUCAAGGCUGUUUUCUUCUUGGAUUUGCAGCCUCAAGGGGAGAUAAUAUUUGUGGGAGCCUCAGCCCUCCUUCACCAUGGUGGACCUGUUCGUUGGCCGGGUCCUGGUGAAGAACAACAAGGACCAGGAUGAGCUGGACACGGAGCGUGAGAUCAUCCUGCGCUUGCAGAACCGCAUCCUGAUGCUCUUCUUUGCGUCUGCUGCGUGUGAGAGCUGCCAGCAGUUUGCUCCCACACUCGCUGACUUCUUCAGACGGUUGACAGAUGAAUCCUAUGUGGAUCGCUCUGCUCAGCUGGUUCUCUUGUACAUUAGUUUGGACCAGUCAGAGGAACAGCAAGAAAGCUUCCUCAAAGAGCUGCCCAAGAAGUGCCUGUUCCUGGCCUAUGAGGACCCCUACAGGAGGGAGCUGGAGGCCAUGUUUCACGUGGAGGAGCUGCCCACAGUGGUGGUGCUGCGUCCCGACUGCUCCAUCCUCAUCCCUAACGCAGUGGAGGAGAUACUCGGCCUCGGCCCAGUCUGCUACCGCAACUGGCAGGAAGCAGCAGAGCUCAUCGACAGGAACUUCAUGAUCAGCGAGGACUUUGAGCAGAAGUCCAUGCGCAGCUGGAGUGACCCCGUGAGAAGGCUGAAAUACAAGGUGGAAGAUGAGAGGAAGGAAAAGAAGAAGAAAAAGCGCAGAGGCUGGGGUGGAGGUGGAGAAGGAGAUGGAGGAGGGUCACUAUUAUGA